GUCGCACGCUAAACACGCGUCCGGUAGGUGCGAACACGCUCUAGUACAGUCGUCGGCCGAAUAUUAUUUUGUUUCGUUUUUGAUAAUAAUAAAAUACAUAUUUAUAUUACGCGCGUAUACGUACUAUACUAUAAUACGUAAUAUUAGAAUAUUACGUGUAUAAUAAUAUUAUUUGUGCGUCGCGUUCCAAAUACGAGGUAUUUUCCGAGCGUUUUUUUCCCCGUAAACUUUCCACGGCCGUUAAUAAUUAUUAUACAUUUGUAUUUUUUUUUAAAAAAAAAAAAUUACGUUUUGUCUCUUUAAUUGUGGUGUUUUAUUCUCGGAUCCGUCCGAGUUUUAACAAACAAAUAUAGUUUUUAUAUAUAUUUGUAUGAACGUGUAAACGACGAAUAUUUCGUUAUUAUAACACAUCGUAUUUACGAGUAGUUUUGCACAUCACCGCGCGAUGAACACGAUGAUUACUUCGCCGUCCUUCGUCUUCCGUCAUUCGACAAUUGCAAACGCCUCGUUCUUCCGGUGACACCGGAGACCCUCCGAAAUCGCCGUCGAUAGGUGGUGAUCGAAGUCUCGUUCGCUCCGUGACUUUUACCGGUAAGUGUUGCGCACUCGGGGCGCACCGGUGAUCCAUCCAAACUCCGUUACACGCGUAUCAUCGCCCGGCAACGCGCACUUACCCGCCACCCUUAACGCGUACAAUACGCACUCCACACAGACGUGGGAUAUGAACUCACCGCAAAUGUACGACACGGCCCCGCAGCCGCACGCUCACCAGCCGCACCACCAGCAGCUCAGCCAACAGGAAUUGGCGAUGGUCGCCAAAAAGGCGCAGCUCGGGCAGCUCAAGAACAGGUACGACAUAUCGGAACUGUCCACGCCCGAGAUAUCUCUCGACCUGCAGAACCUCAUCGACGACAGCCAGUUUAGCGAAGGUCUGUUCACGGAAAUCCUGCAACAGGGUCAGGUAAAGUUACCUAAUGGCACCGGGGGCGGCGGCGGUGGCGGUGGCCGGAACGGCGUGUCCCAGAACGGUUUCAAUUCACGCACCACGCUGGCGUAUAUGCCACAACCCGUUCACUACGAGAGUACGCCCGCUUCUGCGGGUGGUCCUAUCAAAGAGGAACCUCCAGAAUCCGUCGAGUUCCGGAAUCAACAGCAGCAACAGCAGCAACAACAGCAACAGCAACAACAGUACCUUAGCAAUGGUCAAGGGGGUGCGUUUCAGACGUCCCCGGUAUCCAGUGGUGGCGGUGGCGGCGGCCCUCACCUCAAGUCGGCUCACCACAACCACCACCGGAAGUCGAGCUCCGGAAGCAACAAGUCGGUGGACAAGAACACCGAUGAGUACAAGAGGAGACGGGAACGGAACAACAUAGCCGUACGCAAGAGUCGGGAAAAAGCGAAGAUCCGCAGCCGAGAGACCGAGGAAAAGGUCAAGCUGUUGGUCAAAGAAAACGAGCGGUUGCAGAAGAGGAUAGAGCUUCUCAGCGAAGAACUCAAUGUACUCAGGUCACUGUUCACCAAUGUGGGCGUUUUGCCCGAACACCUCCACCGGGAGCUCAAUAAACAUUUCGACGCCUAUCCGCACUUGCAAUAGUGAGAACGAACCACACAUGGUAAAUAUUACAUUGUUAUUAUUAAUUGUUAUUAUCUUUACAGUAUUCAUAAGCAUAUUCUAUUUAGAAUCCUCGAAUUCUAUAUGAUGUAUUAAAGUUUCGGGGUUAUUUCUAGCAGAUGGGGGGGGGGUUAUACUUUCUUGGUGUGCGGUGACCCACCGUUGAGGAUUGACUUGUUCGUAAACUAUAAUCAUUAUGUGCGAUUUGUGCGAGGAUAUUGAUCGAUAUUUUCAACUCGACGGUGCAUAAAAAAAAAAAAAAAUAGGUGACUCUCAUUAAAAAUUACACAAUUACACGUAACACAAUACAUCACUCGACUGAUUUUCACGGUUAGGCGCGGGCGCACGCAACGAUUGCGCGUUUGUUUCCUGCAAGUCUCCACGCGGAGUCGCCAGUAUUGUCUCGAACAUACAGGUGCAAUUACCCGGGGUGGGGGACAGAAAGAUCUAGAUGCCUGUUCCCAAAAAUAUUGAUUAAUCUUUCCCCAAAAGCCUAUGACUUACAAAAGCACUGGUUUGUACAUGAGUAAAAGUCUAAAAAAAAAAAGGGUAGUUACCGGAAUGAUACCAAAUUUUUCUUAAACUUGUAGCCAUCUCGUCAGUGACAGUAUUUAAUUUGCUAAAUUAAGAAUAAUAUUUUAUUUAGGGUGUAAUUUCCACGAAAAAAAAAACUCAAAUACCAAUAUUGAUACAUAUUGCACUAUACAUGUUCUCGCACAUAUUAUACACACACAAACACAAGCACACACACCCACACAUACACACAGACAUACACACAUUAACGCGUUAUCGGUAAAAAAAAAAAAAAAAAUUGAGUGAAUACGAUGUGUUCGCGUAUCAUCGGUUCAAUAAUGAUGAGUUACGUCAAGAUCCGCCUUGACCUAUAACUCUGGCCAUAAACUAAAACCAACAAUAAUUAUAUUAUAAUAAAACAAAUCGCGGGCCUACAAUAUAUAUACACGAUUAUAAUAUAAUAUAAUAAUAUUGUACGGUUUAUACGAGCCGUACAAUUUAAAAAUCCAAUACGGAAUAUUCUGCGAAAUUCGUGAUCGGGUUUCGCGUGUUUUUUUUUUACGCCAUGAAUUUUAUUAUUGGCAAAUAUAUUAUGUAUUCGCCAAUAUCAUGUAAUAUAUAUGUAAUUAUGAGAUAUCAGUGUGAAUAACAUAAUGUUAUUGUAUUCUCAAAUAUUAUUAUUAUUAUGAGAUAAAACGGGAAAUGCGCGUGCGGCGAUGUGAGAUUACGGACGGGUUGGCGCCGUGGCGUGACCGCGCGCGGUAUAUUAUGGUAUACAGUGGUAUUAACCGGCCGGUCGCGCGGAAAAGCGCUCGUGUAACGCGCACCGAAUCUCCCGGGCUGGCGUGUACACAUAGAACCGGCGUUCGCCCACAACCAGGCCCCUCCCCACCCCCGACAAUAUUGCGCCGACCUUUGACCGUUACAUCGUGUCGUGUUUUUUUUUUUUUUUCUAACGCGCGUACACCACCGCACAAUAAUAAUAAUAUAAUAAUAUCGCGGACGUUAUGACGGCCGUAAACUAAUAAUAGUAAAAUAAUAAUAUUAUAAUAUACUCUCCCGGGGCCGGUUAUUUAGUGUUCGCAAAAAACUAUAUCGCAUACACACAUUAAAGUGCUCGAAUCGGAGUGGGGGGGGGAGGAAGGGGGCUCAUAUAGUAAACAUAUUAUUGUACUUGAAUGAAAAUUAUAUAAUAUAAUGAAGCCACCGUAAUAAUAUUAUAGGCAUGUUAUAAUGUAUAGGGUAACUGGGUAAAGCCUUUUUCUUGAAGUUGUUGUACAAAAUAUACGUAGGGUACCUGAUUUCAGUAGGUUAUUGGUACUUACAAGUGAUGCAAAUGUGCAAUGAUUUUGUUAGUGCAACUAGUUUUUAGUAUUCAACAGUUUGUAUAUGAUAUUUUUAUUUUAACGCGACCAAUUUACAAGACUGAAGACCCCUUAGUGUGCCACUGGGGCAGUGUGCCUUUUAUUUCCCGUUAUCAAAAUGCACUGCUCGAGAUACCGGAUAUCGUUAUUAUUAUUUUUUAAACGUUAUACUGUAUAUUACGCUGCUACGCUCAGUAUGAUAAACGUGAUUACUUCGACUCUUAAAUAAGUCACUCCAAACUAGAUUUUAGAACAAAAAUAUCUAUUAUAAAAAUGAAAGAGAAUGAUGUUGUUUUGAUGAGCACUUAGGAACGUUUUUUAGAAAAAUCAAACUGCCAGGUAAUUAUUAUGAUACGCGGCCGUUCGGAAACAUUAAAAAUAUCAUACACUAACGCUGUUUUUUCUUAAAAUCGUUUUGGGGCGACUAUAUACUUAUAUAUACUAUAUACUAUAUACUAUAUACUUGUACUAUAUACUAUAUACUUUCAAUCAUAGUGUUUUAUAAACCUCGGUCGACCAUCGUUUUAUCGUUUGCGUUUUUGGUAUUACUGUUAUUAUUAUUAUUAUUAUUUUUUUUAAAUUCAAAUAAUUAAAUUCAAUACCUAUUUACUAGAAGUCGGUCAGGAUUUUUGUAUACUCCGCAAUUAUUAUAUUAUAUCGAUUUAUAAAUUAUUACCUUUUACACGACGGAAAGGUAUAUUGGGGAGUCAUGGAAAGGGUAGAGGAGGUAUAAAGAGCAGCGGACACGAUUUUUGGGUUUUCUUUUUUCACCAUUAUAAACAAUAACGUUCCGCUACGUUUUGUUUUGCCAAUUUUGCCGAUUCGAGCACAUCUCUGCGAAUGACCACAGCCGUCGUCUCGUACGCAUUGUUUUCUCUCUCUCUAUGCGUGUAUGCGUGUCUGUGUGUGUGUGUGUGUGUGUGUUUCUGGGUCGAGUGUACAUAAUAUUGUAUUAUAUACAUGUAUUAUUAUGCGAACGAGAUGGAAAACGGCGUUGUCGUCGUCGGUCGUCGUUACAUAAUAAUAAUAAUAAUAAUACUACAAAAUAACGCUGUUCCCAGGCGCGCACGUUACGAAACACUACGUAUACCUACAAUACAAGAAGGUAUAGUAUUAUAUGGGUACACUCGAAAAAUUCGCCGGGUUUCCGUCGCGCCGAUGAAAAAAAAAAAAAACCCGUGUAAUAAUAAUAAUAAUAAUAAUAACAAUUAUAUUAUUAUCCGCCGUCGCGAUAAAAUAUAAAAUCUCGUCUCCGCGGCCAAACACGAGUUUCGGCGGGCUCCGUGUGUGCCCGCCGGGGUCCGCCGCGCGCGUAGUUCUCUUCGCCGGAGAUUGGUUAGGUUACGAGUGUACACAGAGGUAAAUUAUUUUCUAGUAGACGACCGACUCCCGAUAUAUUGUUUAUAUAUAUUAUGCAUUUUAUUUUAUUCGUCGUUAUAAAUACGUAUUCGUUCGAGUCUCGCGUGGCGCCGUAUUAUUCACCACACUAACGGGUCCACAAAUGUUUACAUUAUGUUUUUUUUUUUUUUUCUAUAAUCUGCGCGGUUAUCAUAACCCGUGUGCAUACAACGACCGUGUUACCGCCGCUAUAACGUACGCCGAACACAAUGUAUUAUAAACCGGCAUUAUAUAACCGCGUCGCGCACGUAACAUUUGCCCCCAUUUGCUGUAAAAGUCAGUUCGAGCUGCCGUAAUAUACGCGCGUAUAACAACAGUAUUGAUAAGACCGUGAAAGUCGGCUAUCAGUGGUCGCUAUAUGCAGUUCGCGGGACAUUAUUACUAACUUGAUAUUAUAUUUCAUCCGCAAGUGUGCGCCGUCCCGAGAUUCGCCGGUAUACGCGCGGGGACGUAGCACUGCGGGGACCCCCGAAAUUGUAUUUUUUUAAAAAAUUUUUCUCAUGCAAAUACCUUGGAUUUAUGUAACUGUUAGAUAACCGACUAGCAUAAUAUAAGUAGAACGAUUACCCAAAUCUGGAAAAUCGGCAGCCGCGUAUUAUGCGUCGAGCGGUCGAUAAAAAACAAAAGUAUUCGCAGACUGGGUCACUGAGCAUAGACGGGUGACAAGAAAUAGUACGAAAUUACAAUAUUUGUGUAUUUUUAUGUUUUUGUUUUGGUACUGUGUUCCGCUUCCGUACCAUUUGGUAUCAUUUCCAAAUUUUCCUGUUGAUUUACGAAUUACGAUUUACGAUUUAAUCGUUCUGCACACGCCUUCAGAGUAGCCUUGGUACAGAAUUUCUCACCAUAGUCACCGGGUCCAUUCGCUUUUUAUCGCGGAUAUAGGGUCAUAUGAAAACUUUUGUUCCAAAUUAAUCCCACAUUUUUUCCUAUUUAUAUAUUGUCCCAUAAUUAAUCAUAAAUAUGAUUUGCAUUAUUAUAUAGUUUACGGCUGCUUUCAUACCUCCUCUUAUAAGGCUCUACCGUACAGUCGACUGUCUAUAUAGUUCUAUAAGUCUACGGUCAAAAGUACCGAAAAGUACAUUCAAACUCGAAACAUUUAAUAUAUUAUUACGGAUAAAAAUAAUCGUUGCGGGUGGGCAAAAUGACCACGAUCGGUUUGUUUGUGUACUAUACGCUGCUGUAUAGAGUACCUAUAUAGCUUUUCGUCGUUUCGCAAACAUUAUUAUUAUUAUUAUUAUUGUAAUUACAAAAGAUUCCAUCAGGUGUUCGACUCUGUCCCCGUGUAGUACAAUAACAGUGGAACUAUAAUAUAGUCAACCCGGACGAGCGGUGCAAAUUUUUUUCAUUGCGCAUUAUAAUACUAUGUGUACGUAUAUUCGCCUUAACCUGUUACACAUUUUUCUAUUAUAAUAAUAAUAGCGCGCGUUCGCACAACCUUUGCGUGUGCACUUUUGUGUGCCGGCCGCCCCUUGUUUUUUACGUCCGAAAUUCCCAUGGACCCCCUACGAUAGGUUUUCGGUUUUUACGAACGCGCGCACCCCUCGAGAGCUCGCCGGGCAAGUCGCGUCGAUCCCCGGAUUUUCCCACACACGCCGCGAUCCUCCUCCUUCUGCUCUAUACACGUACAAAACGGGUGUGACCACGUAUAUUUAAAAAUCUAAACACACACACACACCGCCAAUACAAUACAAUCAAAUAGUGUACACGUACACCUAUAUACAUAAACCUAUAUUAAUAGGCGAGCGAUUCAAUAGCGUUCGCGGGAUAAAACACAAUAACGCGUUAACACUAUAAAUUGCCGGCGACCGGGCCGCUUCCCAACAUAAACCAGCUAGACGACGUCGUCGGCUAUUAUAACUAGCGCUUGGUUAAAAAACAUACUCGAAUACACAUAGGAAAAAAAAUCGCGUUCUAAACCUCGUGGGAGGUUUCGCCCCUUAGAAAACCGUCGAAUAAUUCGCAAACCCGCAGUAAUACCUGUACACGGUUCUUCGACGAAAUUAACAAUUAAAAAUAUGUAUAUUAAUCAAUUUUUAGGGCACGAUAAAAUAUUUAAUAUAGAAAUAAAAAUCGGUGUUCCCCUGCGCACCCCUUCUCUCCGCGGCGAACCGAAAUGUGGACAAUUGUAUUUAUGUAACACAAAAUUAAUAUCGUUCGACUGCACGCGGCGGCGACCACUUGUUGAACAUUUACCACGUGCAGUUUGCACGAGAGCGAAAGAUAUCGCGCGACUUUCGUGAUAUUCUAUUAAGUAUAAUAUAAUUAUAUUAUGUACGAUCGGGUCAGCGGCGCCCACGGUGGGUGACCGAAUCAUGCGACUGCACGUGUUCACAUUUGAGGAAGGGGUGUAGGGAGGGUGGGUGUAUAUGGGCGAAGAAAUGAAGCAUGGUAAUAUAUAUACAUAUUAUGAAUAUGUAUAUUUCUAUUAUAUAUCAAAAGUUGUUUGUACAACGUGCCUACAUAUUAUUAUAUUGUUCCGUUGUAUCUCGUGUAUAUUGUGUGAAAAUAACAUGAUUUAUAACAGUUUAAAGUUAUACAGGUUAGGUUGGGUUAAGCGAUAAUUAUUGGGAAAUGUAAAAAAAAAAAAAAUGGGUAAGAUAAUGGGGACGGGUGCAGCCACUGGUGUAGGUGGAAAGUUGGGAAGGUAGGAUACAGACGGGAAUUGAAUUUAUAUCUGUAAGCAACGAUAAACCAUUGCUUACGAAAAAACGAUUCUGAGCGGAGUUCAGUUGAUAGUAAUGCUUUGUCAACAAUGUAUAUGCCAUAUUAAGGUAAAAUAAUUAAAUAGUCUCUAUAUAUUUUCUUUAAUAAUAUUUAUUUAUUUUGUACCGAUUUUCCAGUUUUCCUACGUUUAUCCCGGUUUUCCCAUGUUUUAUCCUGGUUUUUCACAUUUGCUGUGAAAACUCCAGAGAAAAUCGAAAAAUUACCUUUUUAAAGUACCUUCUCAUGUCGAUUUCCUUUCAGAAAAGGUGCUACACUUAGAAAUCCGAGCAAGUUUUCUGGUAAAAUAAAAACAUCUUUGUAAAACCAUAAGCUUCUUCGCUCCACUCAGAAUCUAAAACUCGUAAUAUGUUAUUAUUAUUAUUAUUAUGUGUAUUUUUGUGUUCUGUUUUAUAUAUUUUAUGUACAUAUAUACCUAUCGUAUCUAGGUUAAGUUUUACGGUUUGUGGGUAGUUGAGAGUGUAUAAAUGUACAUGAUGUAAAUAAAAAAAAAAAAAAACGUGAUUCCAAAAAAAAUCACUGCUCCUACGUUAUUGUGGAGCCGAUCUGCACGAUUCGCGAUGUACGUUCGUUUAUUACGUAUGCCUAUUAUUAUAGAUACCUACUUGUCGAUAUUUUUUUAUCUAAAAUACAGCGUCGGAGUUUAGUAACGUGUUAAUUAAAACGACGUAUUUGAUUUGUUUUCAGAUUUCAAGAGAUUUGGCGUCGUUGAAAAAUCGGUUCAAUAUCCAUCUCCUCUCGCCCUUUUUGGUAUUAAACAGGGAUAUUUUCCGACCUGUUUUUAUAUUAAUAUAUAUAUAUAUAUAACAUAUAUAUAUAUUAAUAUUAUACAUAUAAUUAUUAUUUUAGUAUGUUAUAUUUUGUUAUUGUUUCAUAUUAAAAAAAUUAAAUAAAUAAAUCGUUUAUUUAAAUGUAUCGUUUUGCGAGAUUUCGCAAACAAAUAAUAUUAAUAUAUUAUUUAAUCUCCUAUAUAAAAACUACAGAGCAUCAAUAUAAUAUAAUAAUUAUUAUAACAUAAAAAACAGAAUAAAAUAAUAUCUAUAUUAGGUGUAUAUUAUAUUAUAACAGCCAUUAAACAUUGGAACUACUUAAUUAGGUAAAAUUUUAAUAUUAUUUCGUUUUAAACGGUGUUUUUAAAUUUUUUGGAUUUACACCGCACAUCCAUUGAAAAUUGAAAAUAUUAAUACAAAUCUUACGUGUUUGACCGUGCAGUUAUAUUAUAUUUUUAUACUAUACUCGUGUAAAUAUAAGACAUUAACAUAUAAAUUAGUUUUUUGAAAAUAAAAAAAAUCUAUUUAUUUAUUUUUCUACUCGUACAAAAUUCUUUUUAUCUAUAUACAAAUAUACAAAUCGUUUUAAAAACGUUGCUGCAUUAUUAUUCCCCUCCCUCGCCCUGCCCCUCUCUCUCACUCCCUAUUAGUUUUGUACAUGAUAUAUACAUAUGCAUACGCCACGAGUGUUCAAUUUUUAUUAUACCUAUCGUUUCGGAGAUAAUUGUUCGUUUUGUACUUGUUCUCUUGUAUUUUUUGUUCUUGUACAUACUAUUAAAAAAAAAAAAAAAAAAAAUUAAUAAUAAUAAUAAUUGAUAAACUCGCGGAGGAUCGGAGGGAACGAUUUAUCGUCGGCAGAGCAGUACACUGCGGCAUAAUAAUGUGCAACAUUCGGGGUUUUGUCUUUACGCCGUUUCUUGUUAUAUUGCUAUCAUCUUCGCCGUUGUCGGUCGGGAUUAUUUUUUUACGUAGAUGUCUACUCAGAAAGCGUUUUUAAAAAAAAAAACCGUGUCACCAUGGCACGGCGCUUCUUUUAUUUUUUGCGGCCGAACGUUGCCGCGAACAACCGAAAUUUUAUAAAAUAAUUUCCGUCUGUGAAAAGAGAAACAGCGCGCGUGCAGUCUGCGUAGUGUUUUUUUUUUUUUCUUUCUAGUGAUAGUCGCAAGGCCCGUACCUAUUAUUACGACUUUCGGAGACACCUAUAUUUCCCACGCGCGUGUUAUUUUAUUAUUAUGUCACGAACCUACGUAUACGUCAACGUCUCUCUCGUUCCCACAUCGUAAACCGCGGCCUGAACGAUUAAACCGACGGCCUUCGUAUACAAAUCACAAAUAAUAUUAUUUAUAAUCGCGUAACGAUCGGAAACGGUAUUAAUUUUUUUUUCUAUUGCCCGGAAAUCCGAGAGUGUUAAAUUCAGUGACUUGAGAGCUGCACACGGCUUAGUUUCUCAUAUCGGUUUAGUUUUGAAAAGUUUUCCUAACAUUUAAUUUGUAUGGUUAUUAUAAUACGUAUAUUGGUAUUUCGCGCGACGUUUUCUGGACUUUCUCGGUGCCGCGGCCCGUCUUGGUCGUCUUGGUCGUUCCUUUUCUCCGAUCCGUAAAAUAAAAUUAACGAUAUAUUAUUAUUAAAACAUUAUGUACUAUUACGAUAAUAACAACAACGUUAUUAUGGAUUCAAAAGUCUGCGAUAAUAAUAUAAUAUUACUUAUGUAAUAAUAUGUGCGGUACUAUACUGCCAAAAAUCGGUUAGGUUUUUAUUUUUUUGUUUUUCUUAAAUAUAUUCUUUUCUAUAUUAUAAUAUUUACUUUUUUUUUUUCGUUUUUAUUAAAUUUUCUUCUAGCUGCAAAACACUGUGAUGUCCACGUGCCUAUAAUAAUAAUAAUGAUAAUAACAAUAAUUAUGUCGUAUUUUUAUAAUAAAAUAUAUACUUACCCAAAAAACACAUACCUAAAACUUGAUAACUAACGAGUUACCUGUGAAAAACAAACUAGAUCCUAUACUGUAUAAUUUGUAUAUACGUACACACAUGUACCUAUAUAUAUAUUUAAUAUUUUAUAGGAUUAUAGAUGUGAACCACGCCAUGCCAAAAUUUUUAAUUUUUUUUUUUUUAAUUAUUAUUAUUAUUAUAAAUGAAAGGAAAAAAAAUAGUUACCUAACGAAAUUCCUAAUAUAUUACCUAUAUAUGUAUAAUAAUAAUAUCGGUUAAAUGUUACCCGUUACAUAAAAGUAGAUUUUAAAAUGUAUAAUAAAUUAUAUAAUAUCCAUACUUACGCGUACCUAUAAUAUGAUAUAAAUAUUUUAUAUUCUUUUUGGCCUUUUAUAUAAAAAAAAAAAAUAUAUAUACAAAUUUUUUUUUAAAAUAACAAUUAUUUUUUUACUAUUAUAUACCUAAUUGAAAAAAAAAAAAUAUAUUUGUUUAAGAUUUAUAUAUGGAAAAAACUGCCUUUGGCUCAAUACAGAGUUUGAAAAUUAUUUUGUAUAUAUAUAUAUAUAUAUAUAUUUUUUUUUUUUUAAAAAAAAUUUUUCUAAUGUACUGUACAAUUAUAUAAUUUUGUACGUUUAUUGUUUGUUUGUUUUUUUUUUUUUUUUUUUAAAUAUUAAUUUAAGAUAUCACUUUUUUUUACCUAUUUAGUAGUUUUUUCUAGUCUAAAAUUUUACAAUAUUGCUAUAUAAUA